AUACGGGACCAUUGCAGAAAAGAGCAGAGCAGAAGGGAGCACCGGCGAACUAGCGAGCAGGGGUCGCAAUCAUGCGUGAGAUCGUGCACAUCCAGGCUGGCCAAUGCGGAAACCAAAUCGGGGCAAAGUUUUGGGAAGUGAUCAGCGAUGAGCAUGGCAUUGAUCCUACCGGUAGCUACCAUGGGGACAGCGACUUGCAAUUGGAAAGAAUUAACGUUUACUACAAUGAAGCCAAUGGUAACAAAUAUGUUCCUCGUGCCAUCCUUGUGGAUCUGGAGCCUGGCACAAUGGACUCAGUCAGGUCUGGACCUUUUGGGCAGAUUUUCAGGCCUGAUAAUUUUGUGUUUGGUCAGAGCGGUGCCGGCAAUAACUGGGCCAAGGGUCAUUACACAGAAGGAGCAGAGUUAGUGGAUUCAGUUUUGGAUGUGGUAAGGAAAGAGGCUGAGAGCUGUGACUGUCUGCAGGGAUUCCAGCUCACCCACUCUCUUGGCGGAGGGACUGGUUCUGGUAUGGGCACUCUGCUAAUCAGCAAAAUUCGAGAAGAAUAUCCUGACCGUAUAAUGAACACAUUCAGUGUCAUGCCAUCACCAAAGGUUUCAGACACUGUGGUUGAACCUUACAAUGCAACACUCUCUGUGCAUCAGCUGGUGGAGAACACUGAUGAGACCUACUGCAUUGAUAAUGAGGCCUUAUAUGAUAUUUGCUUCCGUACACUCAAGCUUACCACUCCAACUUAUGGAGACCUCAAUCACCUGGUAUCAGCUACCAUGAGUGGUGUCACCACCUGUCUUCGUUUUCCCGGCCAACUGAAUGCCGAUUUACGCAAACUAGCAGUAAAUAUGGUGCCUUUUCCUCGUCUUCAUUUCUUUAUGCCUGGUUUUGCCCCACUGACAAGCCGUGGUAGCCAACAGUAUCGUGCCUUAACUGUACCAGAGCUAACUCAGCAAAUGUUUGAUGCAAAAAAUAUGAUGGCAGCAUGUGAUCCCCGUCACGGGAGAUACUUAACUGUAGCUGCCAUGUUCCGAGGAAGAAUGUCUAUGAAGGAAGUUGAUGAGCAGAUGCUCAAUGUUCAGAACAAAAACAGCAGCUACUUUGUAGAAUGGAUUCCCAAUAAUGUGAAGACGGCUGUCUGUGACAUCCCACCCAGAGGCCUCAAAAUGUCUGCCACCUUCAUAGGCAAUAGCACUGCAAUCCAGGAGCUUUUCAAGAGGAUUUCUGAGCAGUUCACAGCCAUGUUUCGUAGGAAAGCCUUCUUGCACUGGUAUACUGGUGAAGGUAUGGAUGAAAUGGAAUUCACAGAGGCUGAAAGCAACAUGAAUGACUUGGUCUCUGAGUAUCAGCAAUAUCAAGAUGCAACUGCAGAUGAGCAGGGUGAAUUUGAGGAGGAUGAGGGUGAAGAUGAAGCUUAGGUAUAUUGUGUGGCAGGGAAAACUAAGUCUACUGUAAUCAGAAGCACAGCUUUUAAGAUAAUGAAAAAUUUGUGUUCAUGCUUUUCACAAUUUCUUGUUCUUAAAAUGUAGCUAAUCGCUGCCAGUAAGUAUUACUCUUACUAAAAGAGAAAAGGGUAUACAAUGAAUCAUGUAAGUUGAGAGCACUGUGUCUACUGUCAGAGUGUUAUGUUACAGCUUAAGAAGGCUAAUUUUGAUCUUUUUAAUUGUGUAUUGCACUUUUCAUGUUUCCAAGUUAGUGUUAAUGUUAAUAAAGAACAUGUGUGCAUGCUAA